AUGAUCUCCAGCACUCACUCUCGUGUCCGCGAGCGCGGGUGUAACUUCCUGCUGUACAAGAUCCUAGACGAGUACGCGGACGACCUGCUGAAUAACGUCGUGAACGCCUACGUGGUCAGGCUCCAGGAGCUGGAGAAGCGGUGCACGAAGAUCACCACGGAGCUCGAGCGGCGCGUCUUGUGGGACGAGGUGCAGGAGUCGAAGCAGGAGCUCGCCAGGGUCGAGCGGCGCAUCCGGGGCCUGCAGCGCGUGGUCCGCAGGAUUGCCGACGACCCGGACCUCGUCGUGGGGCUGACCGGGUACAUGGACGACGUUCAG